AGUCAACCCUCCCCAGCGAAAAUCAGCGCACUCUCAAUGUCAUAGCUCAGGCCACCCCCGAGCGCCCUUCUUCUGUAUGCAUAAAAAAUGUUCUCGUUAGUUCAGCACGGAUUGAUGCCUAUUAAUACAACCAGAUAACUAGGGAGUGCCGAGCAAUGCCAACGAGCCUUUGCACAGGCAGCACAGCAGAACCCCCAAAGUGUCCUCACUCAACACCUACUACAAUGCUUGUCCUCUUCCUCCUCCUCGUCGCCACCUCGGUUUCAUUACCGGCGCCGGCGGCCGGCGUCGACGAAGGAGCCCUGCCGGUGACCAACGACUUCUCCCGCUCCUGUGGCUCCACGAGCAACCCACGGUUCUACGAGCCCAACAGCACGUUCGCGGCCAACUUGAAACUCAUGUUCGCGGCGCUCCCGAAGAACGCCUCGGCGUCCGGCGGCGGCUUCUCCGCGGGCGCGUUCGGCCGCGCCCCGGACACGGCGUACGGGCUGGCGCUCUGCCGCGGGGACUACACGGGCGACGCCUGCGCCUCGUGCCUGGCCAGGGAGUUCAAGGACGCCGGGAGCCUCUGCGGCUACAGCAAGGACGUGACCGUCUACCACGACCAGUGCCACGUCCGGUUCCACGACAGGGACUUCCUGGCCGGCGCCGGCAACGCGCCCGAGAUAUUCGCCCCGAACAUGAACAACGUGUCCCGAGGGAACGUGGCCGCGUUCGACAUCCUGGUGGCCCGGCUGGUGAACGCCGUGGCCGACAGGGCGAGCGCGGCGAGAAGCAGGUACGCCACGGGCCAGGCCGGCUUCGACGUAACGCCGGACAAGGUGAACGUGUACGGCCAGGCGCAGUGCACGCCGGACCUGGCGCCGGCUCAGUGCCGGGGCUGCCUGGCCGGCAUCAUCGGGCAGAUGCCGAGGUUGCUGAGCGGGAGGCUGGGCGGGAGGAUUCUUGGGGUGCGGUGCCAUUUCAGGUACGAGAAGGAGAUCUUCUUCUCCACCGGGGAUGGGAACAUGGUGACGGUCACGCCGCUGGUGAGCUCCUCCACAGGGAGCAGGAGCAGCAGCAGCAGCACACUUUGGAUCGUCGCGAUAGUGGUCCCUCUAACCGUGCUCCUCUGCGGCUUCUCGGCGUGUUUCCUGUGGAUGAGGCAGCGGAGGAGAAGAGCGACCAAUCUGUCAUCAGGGAGGGUGGGCAUGGCAAGCAUGUCCAUGGAGAUGGAGCAGGUGCUCAAGCUGUGGAAGAACGAGGAGAGCGACUCCGAGUUCUCGCUCUACGAUUUCGACCAGAUUGCAGACGCCACUCGUAACUUCUCCAACGACUACAAGCUCGGCCAGGGUGGCUUUGGCCCUGUUUACAAGGGCGAACUGAGUGGCGGGCUUGAGAUUGCGAUCAAGAGGCUGUCUUCGUGCUCGGUGCAGGGGUUGAUGGAGUUCAAGACCGAGAUCCAGCUGAUCGCAAAGCUCCAGCACACUAACCUCGUCAGGCUCCUGGGCUGCUGCGUCCAGGCCGAGGAGAAGAUGCUCAUAUACGAGUACAUGCACAAUAAGAGCUUGGACUGCUUCAUCUUUGACAGUGCCAAGGGGGCGAUACUGAACUGGGAGCGGCGAUUCAGAAUAAUCGACGGCAUCGCGCAGGGCCUUCUUUACAUGCACAAGCACUCGCGCCUGCGGGUUAUACACAGGGACCUUAAAGCAAGCAACAUUCUCUUGGACCGCGACAUGAACCCCAAGAUCUCCGACUUCGGUUUGGCGAGGAUAUUCUGCUCCAACGUGACGGAGGCCAACACGACCAGGGUCGUCGGCACACAUGGUUACAUCGCUCCGGAGUACGCUUCCGAGGGUCUCUUCUCAACGAAAUCCGACGUUUUCAGCUUCGGCGUCCUGCUUCUGGAGAUCAUAAGCGGGAAGAGGACUGCAGGCUUCUACCAGUACGGCAAAUUCUUCAACCUUACCGGAUACGCGUACCAGCUGUGGCAAGAGGCGAAAUGGCACGAGAUGGUCGACCCGGUGCUCGGGGAGGACUACCCGGUGGCGGCGGUGAUGAAGUGCGUGCAGGUGGCGCUGCUGUGCGUCCAGGACAGCGCCGACGACCGCCCCAACAUGUGGGACGUCGUCGCCAUGCUCGGCAGCGAGGGGCUGACGCUGCCGGAGCCCAGGCAGCCGGCCUACUUCAACGUCAGGAUCUCCAGCUUCCCGGAGUCCACGAGUUCCUUUGGCGAGAUGUCGUACAUUAGCAGCGUCACCUUGACGGAUGAGGACGGCAGGUAGUGCAGGAGGGAGUUAAUCUCGCGUGGUUAAGUAAUUUAUACAAGCUUGGUAACUGUAUAGGAGUAUGUCAUGAUCAGAUUUACCAAAAGGAGGGAACAUAAUAAUAGGCUGACAUGUUAAUUUACGGGACUUUGUAUAUGACAAUGAGAUCUCUAUGACAAUCGACUGAAAAUUGAAAUCUCUGCUUGCUCGUCUUGG